AUGGUGUCAACAAAGCCUCUGUAUUUGAGAGGUGCACUCUGGCCAUUCUGGGGGGGGGGUGGGCGGGGGGGGGGGGGGGUGGGGGGGGGGAGGGAGUGGUGGGGGGGGGGGGGGGGGGGGGGGGGGGGGGGGGGGGGGGGGGGGGGGAUUUUGUUUAGGGGGGUGGGGGCGGGGGGGGAUGUAUUGGGGGGGGGGGGGGGGGGGGUUGUGAGUGGGGGGUGUAGGGUUUUGUUUUUUUUUGGGGGGGGGGGGGUUGUUGGGGGGGGUAUGGGGUGUAUGUCGUUUGGGGAUAAUAAAAGUGAGGGUGAGGGGGUAUGGGGGGGGUGGAGAUGGGUGUGGGGUAGUGGAAGGUUGAGGGUGAUGUGA